AUGUCUUACCCUCAGAUGUAACCUUCAUUUAGGAAAUUUGAUCCCAAGUCUCCUCCUUCAAUCCGCAACGACGAUGACUCUAUGAAAGAUUACGAAGACCGAUUAUUCGAAAGACGACAAAUCAAGCAGCAGCAAAAUCGCCCUCAAAGCGCAAAAAUAAAUGAUUUUCAGUCUAUCAGCUCUAAGCGCAAAUCAAGCUAUCCUACAACAACCAAACCUGUUCCUCCUCAAAAGCCGUUAAUAAAAACAAAAAACGAUCAAGAUCUUACAUUCCUAGCGAAACUGCGUCCAAGAGUAGUUCAAAUUGAUAAGGAAAGGCUUUAUGAGGACAACAUGGCCCUUAAGCUCAAGAUGAAUAGCCUUACUGAUGAAAUGGUAAAGCUAAAAACCAAAAUAAAUCAACUUGAGCGUGAACUUGCAAGAAAAGAAGAUAUUAUUGAUGAUCUGCGAAAUCCAGGAGAAAAAAUGCCUAUGCAGAAUAAGCAAGGCCACCUUAUAUCAAGCUUAAAACAAACAAUAAAAGAGCUAAAAGCAGAUCUACAAACAAAAUAUGAAGAAAACGCCACUUUAAAGCAAAAUAUCAAAUCCACAAAAGGAGCUGAAAUGGAAAUUGAAAUCCAAGCUUAUAUUGAUGAGUGCACAAGAUUAAGGCAUCAUUUAGAAGAACUAAUGAGGCAAAAAGACUCGCCACAAAGUUUACAAGAAGCUUCAAUUUUGGAAGAAAAAUUCAAACAGCAGUCAAUUUUAUUAAAUAAUGUAAAAAAGGAAAAUCAAGAGCUACUUAUAGCACUUGAUGAAAAUAAACAGGAGCUAUCAAGGUGAAGAGAAAGGGUAAUGGAAUUGGAAAAGUCUCAGAAAAAAAACAAUAAAAAUAGAAAAACAGAAACUGGGGCGAAGCUAAAAGAUGAAGUGCAUAAACUCAAGGUAAAAUUGGAGAAUUCUAAUAAAAAAGAAGCUGAACUCAAAAAUGAAGUGGAAAAAUUCAAGAAGAUGUAUGAAGACACACAAAAAAAGCUAAUGACUUCAGAAAAUCGAGGAAAUAAUCAUUAUAGAGCUGAAGAAAAAACACCACAGAGGGCUGAAAUUAUAAAAGCAGGAUCUCCAAAGCCAGUAUUUAGUGAAGAAGAGAAGGUUUUUGCGCACCCGAAAUUGAAAAAUCCUAAUAAAUUUUUGAGAAUUUUACAUGAAGUAGUUGCAAAGGAAAGGAGUACGAUAGAAAGACUUCUAGAUUCAUUUAACGGCGUAGCUAAUGGAAAUAUUGAAGUAAAUAGCAUUAUUUCUGAACUUAAAAAGCGUAAGAUACCAAUAAAGAAAAAAAUCAUUUAUGAAGCAAUUAGCCAGGCUACAGGAAAAACGCAAGAACCAGUUUCAUUAAGAAGCCUUAUUGAGCUCUAUAAUAAGUAUGAAUACACAAACGAGCCUGUAAGCCCAAUCAGUGAAGAUGAAAUCGAAAAUCAAAAUAAUCCUGCAAAAAGAUCUGAACCUCCUAAAGUAAAUACAAGCUCAAAUUCUCAACCCGAAAGCAAAAGUCAAACUCCUGCGACUAAAGAAAUAGCUAAGCCUCCAUCUCCAACAAAAACAAAUCCUCCUAAUCCUGUCCAAAAAGAGGUCCAAAUUCCUUGCAUAAAGCUAGAACAGGUAAAAAUGUUUUUAAACCAUAUUGCAUUAAGAAUGCAACUCCACAGGCUGCCCAAAAAUAACCUCGGACAUGCAUUAUUUGAAAAUACAAAUAAAGAUCUUGCAAUAUCAAAGCAAGAUCUCUUGCUUCUGCUUGCCAAGCAGCCCUUCAAUUUUACAAACAAAAAUGAAGCAGAACCGCUUGCAAGAUUUUUAAUUGAGCCUGAAAAUCUUCAAUCUAUCCCUGAAAGUGCUGCUAAAAGUGCAAAGAACUCUCCAAAAGACAUUUUAUCAAGGCUUUUAAAGUAUAUCGGCGACUGAGAAAUAUUUACCUCAGAAGACGAAGAAAGCUUCGACAAGCAGCUUUCUCAAAUAAUCAGUAAAAAUAAAAUAACACUAAAAGAAGCUUGCAAAAUUCAUGAUGAUAACAAUGAAGGAAUGAUUACAAUAGACCAAUUCAAAGAAGCUCUAAGCGAUCUUGAUAUCAAGUUCCCUCCUCGAACCUUUAAUUAUAUGACUCUUUUAUUUUACUCACACAAUUAUGAAUUGAAUUCAGUACCGUAUCGCCAUUUUAUUAAAGCUUAUGGCUCAGUAGCUGAAGAAAAUGAAGAAGGUUCAGAAGGUGAUGAAGAUAUGUCUGACGAAGAGAGGGCAAAAAUUGUCAGACAUUAUCUUGGACAGAUUUCAAAAGCUCUUAAUAAGGUUAAAAAGACUGUAAAAGAAGUCUUUGAAUGUGACAAAAAAGGCUUGAUUUCUCCUGAUCAACUUUUGAGAGGACUUAUUUCUUUAAAAAUCCAAGAAAUAGACCAUGAGCACGUUUUGCUAAUUAUUGAAGCACUUCAAUAUGAAGAAGAAAAUGAACGUGAUUGCAUAAGCAUUGAUGAGCUGGAAGAAAUUUUGGUGCACUAUGGAGUUCCAGCGCAAAGAGAUUCGCGAGUAUCACCAAAUAGCAAAAAAUCAAGCCGAUCCUCAUCAUCAUCAAAUUCUGCAGAAGGCGGCCAUGUCAAAAAAAUUUCAAUGCUUGAGUCUUCAGGGAAUUAUGAAUAUAGUGAUGAACUUCCAGAAAAGCAAGAAUAUCACAAAUCUUCUCCAGGUCUCAGCGAAAACUCUCCUUUUGCAAGCAUGUCAGCGGCUGAAAUGAAUAAAAACCCUUCUUUGCAUAGCUUUAAAAAAGAAAGCGAUGCUGAUUUAAAAAAGCUUGAAGAGUUUUCGCCUGAGGAAAAACCUGCGAAUAAGCUAGGAGUAGUCAGCAAAAUAGCAAGAGAAAUAGAUAAUGAAGAAGAGGGAGAAUAUCAAUCCGAUUACCAAGAAGAGUAUGAAGAGGAAGAAGAACAAAAGACUGAGCGCUCAAGUGUUGUAUACAAGAGCUCAGGAAGUAGUGAGUAUGAGGAGGAGCAGGAAGAAGAAGACUAUGAGGAAAAUCCAAAUGAUAGCUCAAACUAUGAGAGUGAUUAUGAGUCUGAAGACAUAGGGAAAAGGCUGAACAGAUCAAGAUAG